GGGAGGAGGGGAGUCAGAUCAUGCCUUUGUCCCAUUUAUCUCUGUUCACAGGACUUCAGGCAUAAGAGACAGAGAAGAAAACUCAAGAAACCAACCUGUCCUUGCCUUAGGGCAGAUUCUCCUAGGAUCAGAGUAGCCGUGAAGAGCAGAAAGAAUGGGAUGGUCAUUCUCUCUGGCCUGGAUGCUGAUGGUGAUGGUGACCUCUGGGUUCAGCAUAGCUGCAGCCACUGACACAUCAGAAGCAAAACAAUGCGCUGAAUGUCACAGCAAUGCCACCUGCGUGGAGGAUGGGGUUGUCACGACGUGCUUCUGCCAGGAGGGUUUCACCGGUGACGGCCUCGAGUGCGAGGACCUGGAUGAGUGCGCCACUCCAGGGGCGCACAAGUGCUCAGCCAACAGUAGCUGCGUGAACACGGCGGGUUCCUACACUUGCGACUGCCUGCAGGGCUUCCGCCUGGCACCCGGGCUGGGCUGCACUGACGUGGAUGAGUGCGCGGAGCCCGAGCGGAAUCACUGCCAUGUCCUGGCGACCUGUGUCAACUUGGAGGGCAGCUAUUCGUGCGUGUGCCCCGCGGGCUACCGGGGGGAUGGAUGGCACUGUGAGUGCUCCCGGGGCUCCUGUGGGCCAGACAUGGACUGCGUGCCCGAGGGUGACACGCUGGUGUGCGCUGAUCCGUGCCAGACGCACCGCACCCUUAACGAGUAUUGGCGCAGCACCGAUUACGGGGCGGGCUACGCCUGUGACUCGGCCCUCAGCGGCUGGUACCGCUUCGUGGGCCAGGGCGGCGUGCGCCUGGCGGAGACCUGCGUGCCGGUCCUGCGCUGCAACACAGCCGCGCCCAUGUGGCUCAACGGCACGCACCCGUCCAGCCACGAGGGCAUCGUGAGCCGCACGGCCUGUGCGCACUGGAGCGGCCACUGCUGCCUGUGGGACGCACCAGUCCAGGUGAAGGCUUGUGACGGCUACUAUGUCUACAACCUGACAGCGCCCCCCGAGUGUCAUCUGGCAUAUUGCACAGACCCCAGCUCCGUGGAGGGCACGUGUGAGGAGUGCAGUAUAGAAGAGGACUGCAAAGCCGAUAACGGCAGAUGGCACUGCCAGUGCAAACAGGACUUCAACAUCACCGAUAUCUCCCUCUUGGAGCGCAGGCUGGAGUGUGAGGCCAAUGAUAUAAAGGUGUCCCUGAGCAAGUGCCAGCUGAAGAGUCUAGGCUUCGAGAAGGUCUUCCUGUACCUGCGUGACAACCAGUGUGCAGGCUUCAACGAGAGAGGCAACCGGGACUGGGUGUCUGUGGUGACACCAGCCCGGGCUGGCCCCUGUGGGACAGUGAUGACGAGGAAUGAGACCCACGCCACCUACAGCAACACCCUUUACCUGGCAGAUGAGAUGAUCAUCCGUGACCGCAACAUCCAAAUCAACUUUGCCUGCUCCUACCCUCUGGACAUGAAAGUCAGCUUGAUGACCUCCCUGCAGCCCAUGGUCAGUGCCCUGAACAUCAGCAUGGGCGGGACGGGCAUGUUCACCGUGCGGAUGGCGCUGUUCCAGAGCCCCGCCUAUACACAGCCCUACCAAGGCUCCUCCGUGACACUGUCCACCGAGGCCUUUCUCUACGUGGGCACCAUCCUGGAUGGGGGUGACCUGUCAAGGUUUGCACUGCUCAUGACCAACUGCUAUGCCACACCCAGUAGCAAUGCCACAGACCCCCUGAAGUACUUCAUCAUCCAGGACAGCUGUCCACAAACUGAGGACUCAACUAUCCAAGUGGUGGAGAACGGGGAGUCCCCGCAGAGCCGAUUUUCUGUCCAGAUGUUCCGGUUUACUGGAAACUACGACCUGGUCUACCUGCACUGUGAAGUGUAUCUCUGUGACACUGUGAGCGAAAAGUGCAAGCCUACCUGCUCCGGGAACAGAUUCCGAAGUGGGGUCAUCAUAGACCAAUCCCGUGUCCUGAACUUGGGUCCCAUCACACGGAAAGGUGUCCCAGCUGCCAUCUCAAGGGCUCCUUCCUGCAGCGUGGUGACCAAGGACUAA